AUGAGGAUCUUGAGCAGUGAGAUGAUGGAGUCCAGCAGCUGUCCAGAGUUAAGCCAGAAGCCGCCGGACAGCCUGAGUGUGAACGUUCAUGACAAUGUUUUCAGCGUGAAUAAAGCCCUUCUCGCUCAGAACUGUGAGUACUUCAGAGCGUUGUUUCAGUCCGGGAUGAGAGAAUGCCAACAGGAGGAGAUCCAUUUGCAGUGCGUGGGGGUUCUGGGGUUUGUGGUCCUGCUGCGGGUCCUGGAUGGAGACCGACCCAUGCUGAACAGUGACCAGAUUGUGGAAGCCAUAGAGUGUACUGCUUUUCUACAAGUGCCAGCUCUAACAAAGCACUUAAUCAAUAUUGUCAACUCUGAUAACUGCUUACUCAUAUACCACACCGCAUCCACAUACGGCGUGUGGGAUCUCGCCCACAGUUCAGCUCAGUUCAUCCGGGACAUGUACACGGACCUGAAGGAGGACGUCCAUGCUUUACCAACCAAACUGGUGGAUUACAUUGAGAGUCUAAUCCCAACUACCUACAUGGCUGUUUGUAGCCAUUCUCCUUCAUCUGAACUGAUGCAGGAUCUCCAGAGGACAGUCUGCUAUUUGGAUGAAGAACUUAAAGACUGGAAAGUCCUGACCCAGCUACCUGUUAGCACCAGCACCACAAUGGCAGGGCUGGCAGUCCUGGACAACAAACUUUACAUCAUUGGAGGGGUGCACGAUGUGAACAAAAAGGUAGUAGAGACUGGUUUUUGUUACAACCCCUUAACCAACACAUGGACCACGAUCUGCGGCCCACAGCAGCUCCGCUAUAACCUCACCCUCAUAGGUCACGAGGGCUGCCUCUACGCCAUCGGAGGAGAGUACGAUAGGAAGGAGUUGUCGUCUGUGGAAAGGUACAGGGUGUCCAAUGGAUGCUGGAGUUUUGUUUCUCAGUUGCCGUGUCCUGCUGCCUCGGUGGUUUCUACUAAAGCUAUGAACAGGAUCUUCAUCUGUCUCUGGAGAGGUAAGGGAGCCACAGACAUACAUGAGUAUGUGCCCGAUAAGGACCAAUGGCAUCUAGUCACCACGCUAAUCCGAGAACAGAGUUACGGCCUUUGCAUGGUGGGACAUAAGGAUAAUUUGUACGUGAUGCGUAACGGACGAUGUGAGGACUUCUUUCUAUGUGUGAUGGAUUGUUAUAACCUGACGACGAAACAGUGGACGGCCAUGCCCGGACAGUACUCCAACAAUAAAGGGUCUCUGUUCACAGCAACAGUCAGAGGAGACUCAGUGUUCACCCUCAGCCGGAAGGUAACCUCGGAGUACACAAUAGAAGAACACAAAUGGAGGCUGAGACAUGAGAUGAAAGGUUUUGGCAGGAUUGGAUCAAUAUAUACAUUUCUCAUGAGGCUUCCUAAGGCCACCGUGUCCCUCGUGGAAAGAUCUACUGCGGUUCCUCAAGGACGAAACAUCAGAGAACUUGUGAACUGUCGGAGACGCUCUGCGCAGUGUUUUGGUCAUCUGUGAGGACACUGGAGGGUUGACUUGAUGUAGCUAACAUGAAAGAGUUUCACUGCAAAAAUCUAAACCUUACCAAGUGUAUUUUUCUCAUUUCUUGUCAAAAUAUCUCAUCACACUUAAAAUAAGACAUAA